CGGCUUCCCCUUGCCCAACUGGGCUGCUGCUCACCCGGCCGAUAGGACCUGUGGGAGCGCCCGCCCCCUUCCACUCUCAUAAAAGCACCCCCAGGGCCUGCCCUGGGUCAGUGUCAAGGCCACGGCAGCAUCAUGGCGGACCGCUCCCUGCACCUAGCGGCUCUGAUCCUCCUCGGGGCGGCCGUGUGUGGGGCUCAGCCCCGUGGCAGGAUCCUGGGCGGCCGAGAGGCCAUGUCCCACUCGCGGGCCUACAUGGCAUCCGUGCAGGUGAAGGGCAAGCACGUGUGCGGAGGCUUCCUGGUGGCCGAGCAGUGGGUGAUGAGCGCAGCGCACUGCCUGGAGGAUGUGGCCGACGGGAAGGUGCAGGUGCUCCUGGGCGCGCACUCCCUGUCACAGCCGGAGCCCUCCAAGCGCCUGUACGACGUGCUACGCGCAGUGCCCCACCCGGAUAGCCGGCCGGACACCAUCGACCACGACCUCCUCCUGCUGCAGCUCUCUGAGAAGGCCGUGCUGGGCCCCGCCGUGCAGCCCCUGCCCUGGCAGCGCGAGGACCGCGACGUGGCGGCCGGCACGCUCUGCGACGUGGCCGGCUGGGGCGUGGUCAGCCACACUGGCCGGCGGCCCGACCGCCUGCAGCACCUACUCCUGCCGGUGCUCGACCGCGCCACCUGCAACCUGCGCAAGUACCAUGACGGUACCAUCACCAACAGCAUGAUGUGCGCAGAGAGCAGCCGCCGGGACAGCUGCAAGGGUGACUCUGGAGGCCCGCUGGUGUGCGGCGGCGUGGCCGAGGGCGUGGUCACCUCGGGCUCACGUGUUUGUGGCAACCCCAAGAAGCCCGGCAUCUACACGCGCUUGGCGAGCUACGUGGCCUGGAUAGACGGAGUGAUGGCUGAGGGCUCAGCUGCCUGAGGACAUGAGGGGCGGCGGUCACGGGGGCCCGAGCAAUAAAGUCAUCCACUCCUG